AGCCACGCAGGCCGAUGCGCGUGAUGAUCAGCCGGAGCAGCAUGUGCCUUCAACUCCAUCGAGAAGCAGUUGGCAGCAGUUGUUGGACCAGCAGCUGUCCAAGACUCCGAGGACUCCAAUGAAGAGGGUGACUUGGGAGGAGAAGCUGCAGAGGCUGGAAGAAGGAGAGGCAACACCUCUGCGACGCAGUGCUCGAAUUUCCCAGCCACCUGAAAGGUUUACCCCGGGGCACAUUGCACGCAUGCAUGAUCAUCUUGUGUCUGAUUUGGAUGAUUGCAUGCUUGUGGACAUGCAUGGGCAUGAGUAUGCUCUUGAUGUGUGUCUAAUGGGUCAGGUGCAUGAGCCUAGGUCAGUCCACGAGGCGCUGAACCGUCCAGAAUGGGUUGAGUCCAUGCAUGAGGAGCUUGAGUCUCACAAGGUAAAUGGAUCAUUUGAGCUGGUUGAUCCAGCAGUGGUACCACCUGGUUUGGAGGUCCUCAGGUGUCAAUGGGUUUGGAAAUACAAGCAUAACCCUGAUGGUACUGUUGAGAGGCCUAAGUCCAGAUUGGUGUCUGCCAUUGCCCUUGCACAGAAUGCAUGCUUGCAUGGCCGCACCAAACACAUGCAGGUCCGGUGGCAUUUCAUUCGGGAGAUGGUAGCUGCGGGUGAGGUGAUUUUGCAGUGGUGCCCUACCAACCGUCAGGCUGCUGAUAUUCUUACCAAGUCUCUUCCAUUUGAGCGUCAUGGUGUGUGCAUGACCUUGCUCGGGAUGCAGCCCCAUGAUGACAGAGUUCCCGCAGCAGAUGCCGGCGUCUUGGUGCUCCUCUCCUUGGCGGACUCCAUGCUCUGGGUGGCCCCAACCCAUGGGCAAGGGGGAGUGGUGUGAAGGCAUUUGCCCUAUGGUGUUGAGCCACACCCAGCACGAGCAAGGGGGAGUGAUAAAUGUGUAGUGUUCUGUGGUGUGAUUUGCUCUAGCUGGCUGUGGGCUAUU